CCACAACACGGAGGUUGUUUAAUCCCCAGUCAGUCCCUCCCAGAUCAGCAGCACACCAAAUCCCUGUGCCAACAGUAGUCUACGAGCUAUUUCCUGUUCCACCCUCCUGGCUAAACACUGAACAGAGCUACCGCACUGUGGCAUGGCCCACAGCGGAGAUCACCAUUCAUCGUACAGUCACAGGCCCAUGUCUUGGUGAGCAGUGAGACCCUGACAAAUAGGGACACUCACUACAGCACAAGCAUACCUCAGACCUCUCUCGGUCCUGGGUUUGGCUGGUCCUCUUUCUGGUUGUGGUGUACAGCUGGCCCUGAUGUCGAGGAGAGAGGCAGCAGCACUUUUCUCUAUGUGAUUCUGUUUCCAGCUCUACAGCCUUGGAUCUGCAGUUCGACAGUCUGAUCGGACUCCUACUCCUCUACACCUCAGGGAUCCUCAGGUUUCUCCUCCACUUCAUUACAGUCUGAUGCGAUAUUUGCUUUACCUGUAGAUCGAUGCACAGCUGCUCCUUCUAAAAUCAUUGUUGUAUCUUUAUCAGGAUUAAGGACCUCGUAUUGGAGACAGGCUGGUGAAUGGUUGUCAACAAACAAGCAGAGAGGUCAAAAUGGAACCAAUUAGGAAAGACAUGGAGCUGCUAAGUAACAGCAUGGCUACCUAUGCUCACAUCAAAGCUAACCCAGAGAGCUUUGCUCUGUACUUCAUGAUGGGUGUGUGUUUUGGCCUGCUCCUGGCCCUGUGCCUCCUGGUCACCGGCAUCACCUGUAGGACCCACCGUACCAAUAAGCCUCCCCCCUCCCCAGAGAGGAGACAACUGAAGGAGUCCAGUGAAGAAGAAGAGGAGGAUGAGGAGAGUGUGGAUGUGGAAGAAGGGGAGGAGGCAGAGAUCCCUAAAGUGACGGUUGCGCCCAUGAGCGACCGCAACAGCCAAUUGAACGGUACUUUGAAGAGCGUGAAUGUGUUUGCCUCGGCGGAGGAGCUGGAGAGGGCGAGACGACUGGAGGACAGGGAACGCAUCGUCAGGGAGAUCUGGAGGAACGGACAGCCAGAUAUACUGACCACUGGAACAGGGACCAUCGGACGGAUACACUACCACUAAUGGACUAAAGUGACUUAAGGACCUGAAACACAUGGUCUGAACCCUGAACUAAUUAGAACUAAUUAGGGUUGAUCUACUCCAGACAGACAUUGUAGCUGACUGUAUUAGGCUGGCACAGAUUCACCUUCAUCUUUUCAUUCAAUGAUUAUUUUUUUAUACAAACUAAUUUCAUUAUCAUUCAUGUACUGGCCUAUGACAAAAGUACAAACUAAUUUCAUUAUCAUUCAUGUACUGGUCUAUGACAAAAGUACAAACUAAUUUCAUUAUCAUUCAUGUACUGGUCUAUGACAAAAGUACAAACUUAUUUCAUUAUCAUUCAUGUACUGGCCUAUGACAAAAGUACAAACUAAUUUCAUUAUCAUUCAUGUACUGGUCUAUGACAAAAGUGUGUUGCACAAUACAAUGUACACUUUAACAUGUAAUUAUUCAAUUAGUAUUGAGAUAAAUAGAAUGUCAUAACCACUGCUCCCAAUCGACACACAUAAUAAGUAACAUGAAAAAUACCCCACAAUGUUUUACAAUGCAGACAGCUUGAAGAACCAACCACCAACAUUGCUGCCUCUUCGUGUAUAAUGUCAACAUUUGCUUAUGGACUCUUCUAUGGUUGUAACGGUGCUCCCACACAGAGUCAGUUCCAAGCUCCAACCCUCCAGGCUAAUCUUAGCCGGCUGGAAGUCUUCCCACAGAAUCCUCCCAGCCUUUAACCCAGCAUUUAGCCACCACCUCUGACCCCAUCACUUCCUGUGUUACAGCAGCAGCAACACUCCCCUCAAGGGAAGAUUGUUGAGGACUUACGAAAAGGCCACAUAUACCUGUUCUGCAUUCCAAAUGGAACCCCAUUCCCCACCUCUUUCACAGGAGGCUGGUGGCACCAUAAUUGGGGAGGACGGGCUCAUGUUAAUGGCUGGAGUGGAAUCGGUGGAAUGGGAUCAAACACAUGGUUUCUAUGAGUUUGAUGCUAUUCCAUGAGUCAUUAUUAAGAGAUGUCCUCCCCUCACCAGCCUCCACUGACUAGUAUAUAUGGAUUAAAGUACCAUUUGGGACUCAUCCCUUUAAUAGCGCUUCAGUGAGUGACUAGUCUUUGACUUGAGAGGUUAUGUAACUUCAGUCUGCACAACGUUGCAUACUGAUCAUGUGAUCAUUGCCAAAUGCUUUAUUUGAAAUUGGCCCGAUGAAGAAUAUUUCAGUCCACCGCUAAAUUCCUACAGUCCUAAGCAGACUUUUCUUUGGCCUUUGGUUAGGAAUGAUGCAAAAAAUAUCCUGUUGAGUCCAAAGAACUUCAGAUACUACAGCUUUGAAUGUUAGUUCAGCAUUUCGGCAAUGAAGCCCUUUAAUAUCCCCCUUCCGCCUUCAUUUCCUUCCCCAGUCAGAUGAACUUGUCGAUACCAUGUUUAUGUCUCUGCAUAGUGUGAAGUUGCUAACCAGUGUUAGUGCAAUGUCUGGAAGUCUAUGUAAGUCAGUAUUAUAGAUUGUGAAAUAAACAAAUUGAAAUGA